AUGAGACUUGCAUGUAUUAACAAAAGUAAUCUCAUUAAUGGCUUUGAAGUAGAUGCGUCUAAUUGCAUUGUUGACCAGGUAGAAGAAUUGAUUGACUAGGGAAAACUGGUGUCCCUCAUUGCUAAUCUAAUCACCUUCUUGCAGCAAUUGCAUGAUGUUUUCUACUUUGAAUACGAAAUUUAGAAUCAUAACUUGCUAGUGAUUAUAGACUAAGACUCAGGGUAUGAUAUAUGUCUGAUCAAUUAAGUUCUCCCUCUACAGUACAGAGUAGAAUUUAUUAAUCAUAUUAAGCAAAUAUACUAAGAGGAGGAAUAUGAGAUGAAUGAAAGGUUAGCUGUCAAAAAAGUAAUAUUCCUAUUAAUUGCUCUUUCAAAUGCUGCUGAUUUGAAAGAUCUUGAUGAACUUGAUAAGCUUUAUUCCUAAUGGAAGGCAUUUAAGAUAAAAAUACCAGAGAAAUCUCCUCAAUACGAUUUAUUUAAACUUGCAUUGACAACUUAUGGCAAAAUAAAGAAAGGUGAAUACGUCAGUCUGGCUAAUAUUAAAUAGCAACUAGCAAAUAUUGGUCAGCCAAACAAUCAAUAGCCAAGUAAUACAGACUUAAACAAGCAAGCAAAUGUAAAUGAUCCAAAUAAAAAUAAAAGAGGAAGUAUGAUGGAAAAGAAAAUGAAAAGUCGCUUAACUGAGACUGAUCAGAGUUUUAAUGAUGAUAGCAAUGAUUAUGAUAGCGACGACAAAGAUGAUUUCGGUAUUGUUCCAGCGAUUAACAUGGAUAAUGAUACUGUGCACAUUAAAAUAGAAGAUGAACCAAAGUUUCAUCAAAAGAGUUAACUUUUUAUGAUAGACACUGACAAUGAAUAGCUUAACCCCACAGGAGGAUACUAGUCUGAUGUCAUGAAAUCUCUUCAUAUGCUAGGAGGUAGCUCAGGAGUCACAGUAAAGACCAAUAAAUUUUUAGAUCCAAAUAAUGAAGGCGGCUAAAGUACAGUAAUUAAUGUUGAUCAAAUUAGGCUAAACAUUUAAUCUAGCCGAGGCCAGCAUCGCAAGACUAUCGAUGAACUAGAGAAAAAUCCUAGUGCAGAAGAUGUUUAAGAGGAAGAGGAAGAAGAAGAGGAGGAAGAGGCUCCUCCCAAGGUAUUCAAAGGUAAUAUGGUUAAAUAGAUCUUAGUACGAAAGCAAGCCUCAAGUCUUAGUGAGGAAUAGAAAUAAAUUGAAAGAGUAGGAAUUUAAUCUCAAGAUUUCAAUGAAAAGAGGGACAAUAUUAAGUAUAAGAACUUUGGAUGCACAUUUGUAGUCAAGAAUGCUCAUAGUGAUCGAAUAAACUGUCUAUGCUAUCUCAUAAACGGUGCUUAUAUAUCUGGAUCAUCUGAUAAAACUAUAAAAGUCUGGUAUCCUUUAGAGUAAAAACCCAUAGGAAUCCUAGAUGAGGAUGAUGAAGUCACCCUUAUGCUAAGAUUAGGGAAGACACCUUAAAACGAUGUCACAUUGGUGUAUGUAGCCAAAUUUACUCUUAAAUUUUUAAGUAUAAAGCAGUAAAAGGCUAUUCAAUACUAUAGAAAUAGUACUGAGAUUACAGCCAUUUGUAAAAUAAAUUCCACCAAUAGCAUUAUAUGCUUGGGAACUGCCAAAGGUGUAAUCAUGGAUUUUGAUCUUAAGAACAGAUGUAUGAUUAGGUAAGCUAAAUUACAUCAAGGAAGCAAAGUCACUUCUAUUGUUAGCUAAGGGAAGUAUUUGAUAUCCCUUUCAAUAAAUGGACUUGCAGUUAUAUAUGACUAUCCAAAUCAGUAACAACUAAGAGAGAUACUAUUAUCAUAGAAUGGGAUAGCUUAGUCUACUAGUGCAUUAUUAAUGAAACAAGAAAGAUUUUUAGCUAUUACUGAUGAAUAGGGAGUCAAUGUUAUAGAUAAAGAUUCUCGCAUAGAUGUUAAUACUUUGAUGAACACAAAAGGAGCGAGUAAAUUACUAAGACUCUAAAUAAAUAAUGAUAAUCAGUAGCAACCAGUGGUGGGCCUAUUCUAAAAUGGCACAAUGAGACUCUGGCUAGAGGGUUAAGGAUUUGCUGAAGAGGAAUCCAGGCAUUUAGACUAGCUUAAAUAGAUGAGUGGCCACUUGAAUCAAGUAACAGAUCUGAUUUAACUGCCAAAUGGAUCAUUAGUAAGUAGUAGUUAUGACAAGAACAUAAAUCUGUGGGAGGAAAAGAAAGGAAUGAAUGCCUGUGGAGGCUGCUGUAAUAUAUAUUGA